CACAACUCCACAACAAUGUCCCCAUAUCCCCGCAUCCCCACGUCCCCACAUCCCUGUUCCGAUGUCCCCACGUCCCCACGCUGGCAGGGUGGGAAGGAGCACACGCUGCGGGCACACCUGGGGCUGCCCAGCGUGGAGAAGGAGGAGGAUGAGGGGCGGCCGCCCAUCGCAGUGCGCUUCGAGAUCCCCUACUUCACCGUGUCCGGCAUCCAGGUGCGCUACAUGAAGAUCAUUGAGAAGAGCGGCUAUCAGGCGCUGCCCUGGGUCCGCUACAUCACACAGAGCGGGGAUUACCAGCUGCGCACCGCCUGAGGACCUCGGGAGCCCCUCCGUGGACCACAACCCCAUGGACCCCAACAUGGACCCCCCACAGACCACCCCCCACGGCCCCC